AUGACGUUUAACAUUCUGAUGCUUCCUGAUGAUUUGCUAUAUAAUUGUUUAGCCCGUGUAUCAAGAUUACACUACCCAAUUAUCUCCUUAGUCGCCAAGAGAUUCCGCACUUUACUUACUUCUUCCGAGCUUUACCAAACCCGAACCUUCACAGGCCGCACCGAGAGUUGUAUCUACGUGUGCUUAUCAGUGUCUCAUGAUUCUGAGCCGCUACGUUUGUUUACUCUCUGCCAGAGACCAAAUAGCACGAGGAAACUUUUGGUCCCAGUUUCAUCUCCCCACUACUCUCACCCCAAGUUCUGGCCAGCUGUUGCACACGUUGGUACUAAUGUAUACGUCAUUGGUGGUUUAAUAAAUGAGAUUGCGUCUACUAGAGUCAUGGUCAUGGACUGUCGUUCUCACACAUGGAGUGAGGCCCCAAGCAUGCUUGUACCACGUCAGAGCCCAUUUGUUUGCGUUCUUGAUGGAAAAAUAUAUGUAGUUGGAAGCCAGUACGACAAAGCCACCUGGAUGGAGGCAUUCGAUACAAAGACUGGAAACUGGGAGUUUGUGUCGGGUCCUAGCGAAGAAAUAUGCAAAAUAGGUACUAGGUACCGAUGCAUAGGGUAUGGUGGAAAAGUUUACGUGACAGCUGAGACAGGUAAUACUUACGAGUGGCAUAGAGGUAGAUGGAGAGGAGCACCCUUGUUCAUCCAUAGGAUUAAUUUCAACGUACCUGUUUGUGUGAUAGACAAUGUGCUGUAUCGUUGUCAUCAUAGCUGUAUGAUCGAUUGGUAUGACUCUCAGGAAAAUGUGUGGGGCAGGGUGAAAGGUUUUGAGGGAUUGGUUAAAUUGACUUCGGCUUACGUCUAUACUAUAGCGGCCAAUCAUGGUGGAAAAAUGGUGAUUUUAUGGGAGAAGAAAGUGGUUGUUAACAGGGUUCAUCUUGAGACAAAGAUUUGGUGUGCGGAAAUUACUCUUGAAAGACGAGGGAAAGAGAUGUGGGGGACCCCUGACUGGUUUCAAGUUGUUUUCUCUACGACCAAUGAGCGAUUUAAUCUAUUAUCACAUGUUUUUUCUGCUAUUCUUUGA